ACAGAUUUCUGUAGGCUCAGAAUACAAUAUUCUAUUUAGUCACAGCUUAUGAACGACAUAGCCGGCUUAGACUGUAGCAGUUACAUUCCUUUAUUACGCUAUUGUGCAAGUAGACUUUGUACUUUGCAGGAACUAAAAUGAGUGCAAGCAAACAAAUGAAAAUGAAAGACCGUCUGGUGUUCUCCUCUCACCGAUCACCAGUCAUCUGCCUAAAUGGCUGCGUUGCCUCCAGUCAGCCUCUUGCAUCUAACAUUGGACUAGACAUUCUAAAGAGAGGCGGCAACGCUGCCGAUGCUGCUGUGGCCGUGGCAGCUGCCUUGAAUGUGACAGAACCUGUGAGCACAGGCCUCGGUGGAGAUGCUUUCUGCCUCUUCUAUGAUGCUGUCACUAGACAGGUGCGAGGACUUAAUGGAAGUGGCAGGAGCCCCACAGCUCAAACCCUGGAGCUGAUGGAGCAGUAUGGCUUCAGUCAAAGUAACCCCACUCCCACCUUCCAUGCACUCAAUGUCACGGUACCUGGAGCAGCGGCAUGUUGGUGUGACACGGUGGCAUUAUUUGGUAGUAAAAAGCUGUCUCUAGCUGACCUCCUGCAGCCGGCUAUAGAUCUGGCUCAGAGGGGGUUCCCUGUGGCCGAAAUUACAGCAUACCAUUGGGCCAGGGGUACUGAAACCCUGAGAGCAGCUGGGAGGGAGCUGGGUGCAGAUUUACUCAUUAACAACCAGCCGCCCAAACACGGGCAAGUCAUGACCAAUCCCAACCUCGCAUGUACCCUUCAGGAGCUUGCCCUGCAGGGCAAAGCAGGCUUCUAUGAGGGGAGAAUUGCUGAGGCGGUGGUUGACAUUGUGAGAGAAAACGGUGGUGUGCUGAGCUUGGAUGACAUGAAGAACCACGUCACUGCUGAGAUCACACCACUUUACACUGAUUAUAAAACAGUGCGACUUUGGGAGGUCCCGCCAAACAGUCAGGGAAUGGCAGCUCUCAUUGCCCUUAAUAUCCUUGAAAAUUUGCCCAUCAAAGAUCUGGGUCACAACAGUCCUGACUACCUGCAUGUCCUGGUUGAGGUACUGAAACUGAGCAUGACUGACACCAUGCACUUCAGCUCUGACCCAGACCAGGUGAAAAUGCCUGUAGAGGGGCUUUUGUCCAAGGAUUACGCUCAGCAGCAAGCCCAGUCCAUUCAAAUGGACAAAGCCAGGAGUGUGUGUGAGCAUGGGAUUCCCACAGGAAGUGACACGGUGUAUUUCACUGUGGUGGACCGAGAGGGGAACGCCUGCUCCUUUGUCAACAGCAACUACAUGGGAUUUGGCACUGGCCUUGUACCCCGAAACUGUGGAUUUUCACUGCAAAACAGAGGUGCUAAUUUCUCUCUGGACCCUGGUCAUGUGAACUGUGUAGGUCCUAAGAAAAGGCCCUACCACACUAUAAUCCCAGCCAUGCUUACUGAGGCUUCCUCUGGCCUCCUUCUCUGUUCCUUUGGGGUAAUGGGAGGCUUCAUGCAGCCUCAGGGUCAUGUGCAGGUAUUGCUCAAUAUGUUGGAGUUUGGCAUGAAUCCUCAGGUUGCACUUGAUGCCCCACGUGUGUUUGUACAGCUUGACCAGGCUGCACAGCAGUGGCACCUUAAUUUGGAGGAUGGUGUGGAGCAACGAGUGGCUGAAGAUCUCAAAGGUCGGGGCCAUGUGGUCAACUGGCCAAUAGAAGGUCAUGAACGGGCACAGUUUGGACGGGGGCAAGUCAUCAGUGUAGGAACGUGGUGGGACCCAACCAACGAAAAACCAGAAGGGUCAGAGAGGGUACUGUGGGCCGGGUCAGACCCUAGGGCAGAUGGAUGCGCUUUGGGAUAUUAACCGUGUUAGUGAUGUGAAGAAAAGUGCCACAAGUGGACAGACAUAGAUCCCGUAAUUUAAAUUCUCCUGAAAGUUUUUCAGUUAGAGAACAGGGAGUGUGGUUUACAAGAAUCUCUAAUGUCUGAUAUCAGGGUUGAUUUGUCACUCACUGUAUCUUUAAAUCCCAAAUGCAUAAAACUAAACUGCUUUUAAUAUAAUAAAAUGUUAAUAUUUGGUGGCAUCUGUUGUGGAGAACUGUUUUGAAUCUGGGCCAUUGGAUAAUCCAUUGUUAGAGUUCAGCAGACCCAGGCCAGUGCAGUUGGCUGCAACAUGGCAUCUCACAUGCUGCUACUUAACAUGGAAGCUUUUUCAUGCUUUCUGGGAAUGUUACCAGUCAUGUGUACCAAUAUACACAUGACUGGUUACAUUCAUGAGCCACUAUAUACUACAUGUACAAACCAAUAAGUGCAACAGUGUUGGAUCAAUCAGUAUUGUCUAUUCUAAGUGGGUAAUGAAUUAUAACAUUUUUUCGUAUUUGAUAAAAUAUGCAUCAUUGUUGAGUAUUUCUAGCACUCAUUAAACUGUUCCUCCCAGUUGAA